CCCCAUCAACAGUACCAGGCCUGCUCCAUACCGACUGAUCCAGAUCCAGCAUAGCCCGGUCCAGCUCAGCUCGUCUCACCGCGUCUCAUCCCUGCAAACAAAACCCAGCUCUGUUGGAGAUGAAGGUCUGCCGAAUCCACUGUGCCCUGGCCCUGCUGGGUUUGGCCCUGACCAUUUGCAGCCAAGGAGCCGCCUCACAGCCCGACCUGGACCUCCGCAGCCGCAGACUCCUUCAGAGGGCUCGUGCCGCUGGCAUUGCCACACAGGAGUGGAGUAAGCGAGCGGUGGAGGACAUUAUAUCUCAACUGUCCUUGCCUGAGGCCCAGGAAAGUGAGGUGUCCCCAGCGGGGGCUAAAGAGGACCUGCGUGUGGAGCUGGAGCGCUCAAUUGGCAACCCCAACAACCUUCCCCCCCGUGAGCGCAAAGCCGGCUGCAAGAACUUCUACUGGAAGGGCUUCACUUCCUGCUGAGGGAAAAAAUAAACCGACCACCUUAUGACAUGACGCUGCCAAUCACGUCACACCGCCAACUUACACCUGACGAAUGCAGCCAAUCAACAGUUAGCUGUGCCCGAUGACGGUUCUUGAAAUCAACAGAAUGUUGUACCUGUCUAAUUUGUGAAAUAAAGAUAAAAUAAUUGAA